AUGGCGUUCAACCACAUUGAUAACGCCGGCGAUGACAUCGGCGGAGGAGGAGGAGAAAGCACAAGUAGUAGUAGUAGUUCAUGCGUGUGGUUCACCUGCGGAGUUGUGGUAUUGUCGUUGGCCCUCGUGAUGAUUCUGGCAACCGCCUCAUCUUACUCCUCCUCCUCUGCUUUUCCAUCGGCGCCUCUGAAACACUUUCCGUCGUUUCUCAACUCUCAUUCCGCCGAGGAGGAGAACGGAACUGCCUCCGCCGUGCAGAAGAAAAGCAUCAUCGUCUCUGUUUCUGCUGCUGCCAAACACUUUGACGACGACGGUGGUGAUCGUGCUCGGAAUUCUUCGGUUUCGCCGGUGCCAUCACUUACUAAACCUAGAGAUGAACUUCAAAUACUGGAGAAAGGACUCGCCAGAGCCCGAUCGUUGAUUCGAAAGUCGUUGGUUUCAGCCGGAGGAGGUCCGAAUCUCUCCUCUGCCGGUUGCAUCUAUCACAAUCCCGCUGAGUUUUUCCAGUGA